AGCGCACUGAGCGGCAGCAGCAGCAGCAGCAGCAACAACAACAGGAGUUUCUUCAGCACAAAGUUUCCUCCACACAAAGUUGUAAUGGGGAAAUAUAAGCCCUGGCUGAUGUGCUGCUUUAUCUUUUUGGGUUUAAUUUGCGCGGUUGCUCUUGUGUGUCUGUGCGUCGCCUCACUGGUGGACCGUGGAUGUUCCAGCGACACCUUCAAGCGUGCGGCUGUGGCUGCAGACUCGCAACUUUGCUCCGAUAUUGGCAGGAAUAUGCUCAAACAGGGGGGCUCAGCAGUAGAUGGCGCCAUUGCAGCUCUUCUGUGCACAUCUGUGGUCAAUCCUCAGAGCAUGGGGAUUGGAGGAGGGUCCAUAAUCACUAUCAGAAGUAAAACAGGCAAAGUGAAAGUCUACAACUUCAGAGAGACCGUCCCUCAGUCGUUCAAAGAGAACCUGUUAAAAGACUGUCCCACCACAGUCCCACCACUUACCACAGGCAGCCAGUGGAUCGGCGUUCCCGGAGAGCUGCGUGGCUACGAGGAGAUUCACAAACAUUAUGGCAAACUGCCCUGGGCCAAGUUGUUUGAGCCAACAAUUAAACUUGCCAGAGAGGGCUUUCCUCUGCCACUGUAUCUGGAAACACUCCUGAACUAUGAAAUUGUAAAGAGACGCGUGGAAGAUUCAUCCCUCUGUGAAGUUUUCUGCAACAAGAAUAAGAGAGUUCUGGGUAAAGGUGAUGUCCUAAAGAUGCCUAAGCUUGCAGAAACAAUGGAAACCAUUGCAGAGGAAGGGGCAGAUGCCUUCUACACUGGCAAGAUAGGACUUGACUUGAUCCAAGACAUAAAAGCUGCAGGCGGGACGAUAAAAAUGGAGGAUCUGAUGUCCUUCCGGGUGCGGGUGGAAGAUGCGUGGACGGUUCCUCUGGGAAAUAUUCAGAUGCACAUCCCUCCACCACCUGCUGGGGGAGCUUUACUUGCCUUCAUUCUCAAGCUGAUGAAAGGGCUCCCCUUGUCUCCAAAGUCCCUGAAUGGUGACCAGAAGAUUCAGAUGUACCAUCAUUACAUAGAGGCAGCUAAAUUUGCUAAUGGACAGCGGUCGAGCAUUCGGGAUCCUGACUUUACUAACAAGAAGAUUGCAGAUCAUUUGAUCGAUCCCUCCUUCAUUAAUAGCAUCAGGGAGAGGAUUUCAAAUAGAACCCAUGACAACGCCUACUACAACAUCAAGCCGUCUUCUGAUAACAUCGGGACAACACAUGUGUCUGUCCUGGAUGAAGACGGUCUGGCUGUUUCUGCCACCAGCACCAUAAACCAAUUAUUUGGAGGAGCCAUUUACUCUUCACGAACAGGCAUCAUCCUCAACAACGAGCUGACUGACUUUUGUGGGAGAGCAGACACAGUGAGGGCAGGUGAACAGCCUCCCUCCUCAAUGACUCCAGUCAUACUGGAGACACAGUCUGGAGGAAUUCUUGUGAUUGGUGGAUCGGGAGGAAGUAUGAUUACCUCAGCAGUGGCCUUGUCUAUCAUAAAUCACCUGUGGCUGGGCAUGAAUCUGAAAGAUGCCAUUGAUGCUCCUAUAGUGUUUGUUGAUUCCAAGAACAAUGUAAAUUUUGAGACUGGUUUUGACGAGACAGUGAAAGAUGGCCUCAAAGCUCUUGGACACAAAUUUGGAGGCUGGAAAUUUUUCUUAAACGUAGUAAAUGCUGUGGAAAAGGAGAAUGGCUGCAUUGUGGCCACAUCAGACAAGAGGAAGUUGGGAAUGUCAGCUGGAUACUGACCAUGUGGACACAUCACCUUCCUACUAAAAUAUACUGAACUGACUGAACCUGUGGCCUUAAGGACAAUGACUGUGCUGCAAUGCUGACAAUAAGAUGUGAGUGGCCUGGUAUUCAGGUUCUUUCUUGAUGGAACUAAUGAACAACAAAGUCAAUCAGGGAACUGCACCCAGAUUAAACAAUAGUUUCAGUUUAUUACAGUGUGGGGUCCUACUUUGAAAGUUUUGGCCAUCAUUUCUAUUAGUUUUAUAACAUUGUACUUAAACAAGAAAUUCCUGGGAUCUGGGAACACAGCAACUAAAAAGAAGUCAGACAGCAGUUUGUGAAAUAGUCACAAAACGCCAUCUUGAAAAUUUCCGGUG